AUGGCUGAUGUAAACUGGUUUUAUAUUAAGCAUGUAGGCACAAACAAAAUAAUUGCUUCUUGCCUCUGUCAAGACGAUGCCGCUAAUGACAAUACGAUACUUCUAAUGAGAACGCAAGUGAUUGUAACAAAGCCGACCUACUCUGACAAUGAAUUGUGGUGCUGGGAUGAUCGGCAGCUUCGAAACAAAAGUACAGGCCUGGUGCUUGACAUUCGUAAGGGCAGAAUUCGUUUUAUGGAGGAUACAGAAAUAUGCCUGUAUUAUAAGAAGUCAAUGGAAGAUUCUCAAAAUCAGUUGUGGGCUGUCCAAACAGAGUUUCAACAGACAGAACACCCAUUGGUCAAACGUCGAUCAUCCCAAAAAACUCGCAUAGGAAGUGUGAUUUACUCAGUUGCCAACAGUGAUUGGGUGUUGGAUGUGUGUCCUGAAGGCCAAAAGCUGAUUUUAUUCCCAUACAGUCAAGAUUUGAAUCAUCAGCAGAGAUGGCUAUUCAUUCCUGAGAAGGAAAUGAUCUUGACUGAAGAACCUACUUCACUAUCUGACAACAAGAUGGCUGGCACAUCAACGUAUGAAGCGUAUUACAGCACUCCUCUCAGUAGUAGUAGCUGUAACAGCAAUACUUCUUCAUCCUACUCAAUUAACUCUAUGGGUUUUGCUCAUGGUUUGACGCCUGCCAAAAGAUGCUCUUCUCAAUCAUCGCUAGCAGCAUCAAGUCGUAAAAGCAGUUGA